CGAAGGCUGGUAAAGUGAGAGGCCACAUAGCUGGAGAAUGCCUGCCGUGGAAAGUGUCGGGACCGAGUAACAAAGUUCUGGGUGAAACAAGUCUCUUCUCCGCUGUCCGCUCCGGCCUUCACAGAACAAUGAGUCUGGAUAAAGCCAAACUGUGUGACUCGCUGUUAACCUGGAUUCAGACGUUUCAGGUCCCUUCAUGCAGCAGCAAACAUGACCUAACAAGCGGAGUGGCCAUCGCUCAUGUUCUGCACAGAAUAGACCCCUCUUGGUUUAAUGAGACGUGGCUCGGCAGGAUCAAGGAGGAGAGCGAGGACAACUGGCGCCUCAAGGUCAGCAACUUGAAAAAGAUUCUUAAAAGCAUGCUGGAAUAUUACCAUGACGUCCUCGGUCAUCAGGUGUCUGAUGAGCAUCUGCCAGAUGUGAACCUUAUUGGGGAGAUGGGAGAUGUCCCAGAACUGGGCAAGCUGGUGCAGCUUGUGUUGGGUUGUGCUGUCAGCUGUGAGAAGAAACAGGAGCAAAUCCAGCAGAUUAUGACACUGGAGGAAUCGGUCCAGCAUGUUGUGAUGACAGCCAUUCAGGAGCUCUUAACGAAAGAACCUUCAUCUGAACCAGGAAGUCCAGAGACGUUUGGAGACUUUGACUUCCAGUCCAGGAAGUAUUAUUUUCUGAGUGAAGAAGCCGAUGAGACUGAGGGCCUGAGUCAGCGCUGCAGAAAUCUUGAGCAUCAGCUGUCGCUGGGUGUGGAGGAGAAGUUAUCGCUACAGGCUGAGAUCUGUUCACUGAAGGAGAGGCUGAGUCGCUGCGACUCUCUGGAUGCCUCCGCCACCGCCAUCACCGGCAAGAAGCUGCUGCUGCUGCAGAGUCAGAUGGAGCAGCUUCAGGAGGAGAAUUACAGACUGGAGAACAGCAGAGACGAUCUGCGUGUGCGAGCAGAGGUGUUGGAGCGCGAUGUGGCCAACCUGCAGCACCGCAACGAAGAGCUGACGAGUCUGGCACACGAGGCUCAGGCUCUGAAAGAUGAGAUGGACAUUCUCAGGCACUCCUCUGACCGGGUGAACCAACUUGAAGCACUAGUGGACUCGUACAAAAGGAAGCUGGAGGAUCUGGGGGACCUGCGCAGACAGGUGCGCCUCCUGGAGGAGCGCAACACGGUGUACAUGCAGCGCACCUGCGAGCUGGAGGAGGAGCUCCGCAGGGCCAACGCCGUCCGCAGUCAGCUGGACACCUACAAGAGACAGGCUCACGAGCUUCACACCAAACACUCAGCAGAGGCUAUGAAGGCUGAGAAGUGGCAGUUUGAGUUUAAAAACCUUUAUGACAAGUUUGAUGCGCUGCUGAAGGAGAAAGAACGUCUGAUGUCGGAGAGAGACACACUUCGGGAGGCCAAUGAUGAACUGAGGUGCGCACAGAUCCAGCAGGGGUGUGUGAGUGGAACAGAGUUGGGAGACAGUGGAGUCGCAGUGGGAAACCUUGCUGCAGAGAUUAUGCCUACUGAGCUCAGAGAGACAGUUGUGCGACUGCAAAGUGAAAACAAGAUGCUAUGUGCUCAGGAGGAGACCUACAGACAGAAACUUGUUGAGGUUCAAACUGAACUGGAAGAGGCUCAACGCAGCAAGAAUACUCUCGAAACUCAGAACAGGUUGAACCAACAGCAGAUCUCAGAGCUGCGUUCUCAGGUGGAGGAGCUCCAGAAGGCGCUCCAAGAGCAGGGGAGCAGGAAUGAAGAUGCCAUUUCGUCCUUAUUAAAGAAAAAGCUGGAGGAGCAUUUAGAGAAGCUCCAUGAAGCUCACUCAGACCUCCAGAAGAAGAAAGAGGUCAUUGAUGACCUCGAGCCCAAAGUGGACAGCAACAUGGCCAAGAAGAUCGAUGAACUCCAAGAGACUCUCCGCAAGAAGGAUGAGGACAUGAAGCAGAUGGAGGAGCGAUACAAACGCUACGUGGAGAAAGCCAGAACGGUGAUCAAAACCCUGGAUCCCAAACAACCAGCGGUGAAUCCCGACAUUCAGGCUCUGAAAAAUCAGCUGACUGAAAAGGAGAGAAAAAUCCAACAUUUGGAGCAUGAUUUUGAAAAGAGCAAGGUCAGACACGACCAGGAGGAGAAGCUCAUCAUUAGUGCCUGGUACAACAUGGGGAUGGCUUUGCAUCAGAAAGUGUCUGGUGAGCGGUUGAGUUCUCCUAACCAGGCCCAGUCUUUCCUGGCUCAGCAGAGACAGUCCACCAUGGCCAGGAGAGGCCUGACACGACACCUCCCCAGAUGAGGCACGCAGGCAGGACCCUGGUCAUAAAAUGAAGUCACAGGAAAAGCGAUUGCUUCAGCUGACCUCCCUGAACCUUGAUGCCUUCACUUAAUGCUGCAACACUUUUUUUUUUCUCCUCACGUGCUGCUGCUGCCCCCUGCUGGCUCUUAACGGUACAGGAGGUUUGUUUUGUGAGGAGCCUCUGGAGUUGGUACUACUGAGUUGAUCAAAUGUGAAGGAGGCUUUGUCACCUUUUCAGGUGACUUAUUUCUUUUAGCCUCUUAAAUUAACUACUGUUUAGGUUUUUUUUACAUCUUUUAUUAUUGAAAAAUAUACAUAAAAAACUAGUUUGAUUAGAUUUCUAGUUGAACUGUAGAUGGUGUUGCGAAUAAGUUGUCACAUUCACUGAACAUUAUUUUCUUGUUAAAUUAGGGCAUAACAUUUUUUGAAAGAGCAUAAAAUGUGACAAUCUUUAAGGCUUCAGUGGGAGUUUUUAUAUUCAAGACACAAAAUACAGGUUAAUUCUGUAGUUUUCUCAGAAAACACCAAAUCCUUUUAUCGGAUCUGUUGAGUGCCUUGCAGGAAAAAAAAAUUCACAUUAUAUAAAAGACAGAGGUAUGAGAUACGACCCCCGCCCCCUCCUUAAUUUUUUUCCCUUGGAACAUUUUACCACAAGUUGCAUGAUCUGCUUUUCAAUUAUUUUCUUUUUGUCAGCCGUCCAUAAAGAUUAAUUAAUUAAUGCACUCACCACUUUAUACUCAAAUGUAAAUUGAAAUGUAGACUUGUCGUUGACUGCUGCUCAAAACUAAACUGGAAGGAAAUGUGUACAAAGUCUUAUGACAGGAAGUUAGAGGCAGAUAGAAGCUUUUAAAAUGUAGCACAUUGAUCAAACACUACAUUUGUCUUUAUUUACCUUGUCGCCUGAUUUUUCUUUUUAAUUUUAACCAUUUUAUUAUUUUUGUUUCUCCCAUGUCAGAGCUGCAGUUCUGGAACUUGUCCAUGCCUGUAAAUGUUUCCUGCUAUAACCUAUGCAGACCAGAGUCUUGCUGUUUGUUGUUCACAAUUUUCUACUGAUAUUUAAUUUGUUUUGCCUUUUUUUAAAUUUGUAUUUAUGGUGCAAAAUCAUUGUUGUGGCACUUUUGCAUGGUGUGAGGGGUUCACUUUUGGUUUGUUUGGAUUUAUACACUACUGGGUCUGAUAGAUUAUAGCAUGGUGCUGUCAUACAGAUCUGAGACAAGUUGAACACUUGUUGACCUUUGCACAACAAAUAAAUGGGAUCUUAAAAUAG